UUUAGAUCUUUUAAGAUUUGUAGAUUAGUGUGAGUAUAAUGAAGUUUAGAUCUUUUAAGAUUUGUAGAUUAGUGCAUGAAAGCACUGCAGGGUGAUAGCUGGUUUGACAUAUUUUUUUCUUUUUUCUGAAAAUCCUUUUUUAAUUCAGUUUUUUUUAAAAUUACAAUAAACAAAGAUUUUUGUAUUCUGUGCCAUAUUUCAUAAUUCAAUUUAAAUCUGAAUGUGUUAAUAAUUGGAUUAAUCAAAGAUGGAGAGUUUGAGCCACGCUAAUAGCACCUUCGCCCUGGACCUGUACCGGGCCAUAAGUGCAGAAAGCCCGAAUGGAAACCUGUUUAUUUCCCCGCUGAGCAUCAGCGCCGCACUCAGUAUGGUCUACUUAGGAGCCAGAGGAGGGACUGCUGAGGAAAUGGCUCAGGUUCUGUCCUUCAGUUCAGUUCCUGAUGUUCACAUCAACUUCAAGACGCUCAACUCCGCUAUUAACAGUCCCAAAGCCUCCUACAUCCUUCGACUGGCCAACAGGCUUUAUGGAGAGAAGACUUUCAAUUUCUUAUGUGAAUAUGUGGACUCUACUCAAAAGUUGUACCGAGUUGACAUACAGGCAGUAGACUUUAUUGGAUCAUCAGAAGAGUCACAGAAGAUCAUCAACCAGUGGGUAGAGGAAAAGACUGAGGGUGAAAUCAAAAACAUUUUGCAGCCAGGGACAAUCACAAAAAUGACUCGACUUGCCCUGGUAAAUGCGAUUUAUUUCAUGGGCAGAUGGAAGCAUGUGUUUUGUAUUAGAAACACUAAAAAUAUGCCCUUCAAGAUAAACAAGAAUGAAACAAAACAAGUGCAGAUGAUGUACCAGAAGAAGCAAUUCCUCUACAACUACAUUGAUGAGUACAAGCUGCAGGUCCUGGAUUUGCCAUAUUUAGAUGAGGAACUCAGUAUGGUGGUGCUUUUACCUAAGGAGUCUGUGGAUAGCUCAGACACACUUCAAAAGCUGGAGAGUGAACUUACAGUGGACAAGCUGAGAGAGUGGACAAAUCCAGAGAAGAUGGACAGAUCAGCUGAUAUUGUUGUCCAAUUUCCUAAAUUUAAGCUGGAAGAGCAGUACUCUUUGACGGGUAUCCUGAGUAAAAUGGGCAUGAGCUCUUUAUUUCAGGAGGAUGCUGCAGAUCUGACAGGCAUGAGCAACCAUGAAGGCCUUUUUGUGUCUUCGGUGACCCACAAAGCUUUUGUAAAGGUUAAUGAGGAAGGCACAGAGGCAGCAGCUGCAGCCAUAUGUGAAAUGGUUCUACAGUGUCGUAGACCAGUGAAGCACUUCCUGGCAGACCACCCCUUCCUAUUCUUCAUCAGACACAACCCAACUAAAAGCAUUCUCUUUUUUGGGAAGUUCAGAGGCCCUCAGUAGGGAUCUACUGUACAAACCAUAAAAAGCAAUGCUUGUAAGUCUUUAUCAAUAAAAAUGAACACUACGCUCAAAUAAUUAGUGAAAUAUAUUUGAAAGGCAAUGAGGGUGCAUUUGGAUUUUUGGACUUUUGGAGAAAAUUGAGCAGAGUUUCUAAUGUGGUUUAACCUGUGUAUAUUAUGUUUAUGUAUGUUCAUGUCAGUACUCAGUGUGGUACAAUUUGUUGCUGAGCUGCGCUGAGGAAUGCAUUAUUAUACCUAUGAGGAAAAUAAUCCAUUUAAUUAAAAUACUUAUAUCUAAAACAACAAGUGUGUUUUUCAAACUGGCUAAAACCUUGUUAUGCUGAUGAUGUAAUGAUUCUGUUAAACUUUUUUUCACCAUAGUUAAAUCUUUUUCACCAAGGUAAAUGUAAUCCCACUAAAACAGAUGAAAUAAAAACUGAUAGUUUAAAACCUCUUUAGAAAGUACAGCUGAUCAUGACUCAUUAAUUUUAUGUACUCAGUCUGCAAGA